AUGAUGGUUAGUGACGGACAAGUCUGGCGCUAUGUUUGCAAUUGGUGUGUCGUCAUUUUAAGAGUGGGAUCCGUUUGGUUCUUGAUCGCCAUAUCCUUGCACCCGUGGAUUGGUGAAAGCGUCACUAGUGGCCUCCCCGUCGUUACCACCGCGAACGUUCAGGUGGAUUAUGAUGACGGCCAGGUGUCAGACGGACCGCUUUCUCAAUUGCCGGAACAGAUAGUAGCCAUCAGCAUCAAGGAGGAGUUAAUGAAGCUCAAGGGACCGGAUUCGUACUUGUCUGAUGAGCGAGAAUGUAUUCUGGGACAGGCAUCCUUCUACUUAAGCGGCUGGUUGUUGGCCAAUGCCACAAUCAAUCGAGCCAACGCCGAACUCCAGGGAAAGUACAUUGACAUCUCCUACCAAAAGAACAAUAUAAGAAGACAUUUUGCCAUCCUGAUGCUUACGAACAACGUCACUGAAAUAGCGUACGUUUCCUUAGCUCAUAGAAACAUGACUGCGGUGCCUUAUGAAGAGCUACAGAUGGUCAAUUCCACAGUCACCCACCUGUCAAUGGCGGGAAACAAUUUCUACACCGUUCAAAUGCCCAGCCUACAGAAGCUGCUCGUGCUGGACCUACGUAACUGCGCGUUGGUGCAAUUGGCUUACGAAGUUUUCGCGACCGUACCUAAUCUGGAGCAACUCUACCUCUCGCACAACUAUCUGCUUCAGCUCACGGCCUUACACAUGAGGCCGCUGUCUCUAUUGCGCCAUCUAGAUCUGGCGUACAACUCGAACGGUCCUCAGGCAACUUAUCAAGCCCUUACAGACGGAAUACAGGCCGUGCCUGAUCCGUACACCAUACUCACCGAAGGUAUGCAGCUUAGCGACGAUGUUUUUGAGCCACUGGAACGGCUCACGUUCCUGGAUCUUUCCCACACGAAGCUCCUGUCGACGAGCGCCCGCGCCUUUCGGAAUCUGGCCGUGGAACAACUGAGCCUGUGCUACACCGGUAUCUCGCUAAUCGUCGGUUCGAUGAUGCAUGGCACACUUCGGACGCUCGAUAUCUCAGGCAACCCGGGUAUAACGGCAGCAAUUCAUCGCGAUGCCAACGUUGGAAGUACGCGUGGUUUGAAUGGUAACAUUGAGAUUCUAGCAUGCGAAAACGCAUCGGUCAAGUAUCUGGACUGGGUGCACGGUAUGACGAACCUGCGUGUUCUGCUGCUCGGUUACAACAGCAUCAAUCAGCUGACGAACGAAACGUUUGCCUCGCUGGCGCGGCUCGAAGUGCUUGAUCUUAAUGCGAACCACGUUAGUAACUGGCAUUGGCGCAUAUUUGCCCACAAUCCCGCCCUAGCCGUGCUCGAUCUUUCCGCCAACAAUCUGAACGUGCUGACGACCGAGAUGCUGAGUGACUUCGAGCGGGUCCGCUUUCUGGCAAUCGGUGAGAACAACUUCAUAUGCCACUGUCUACUGCGCGAUUUCCUUGACAUGGCUAGCUUCAGUCCGAGCGCGUUUGGUUGUGCCAUUCGGGCCAUGGGUCAGUAUUUUCUCGGCAUUGGAACGCUAACGUCGACGAUGCGAAGCAUACCGGACGAGAAUGCACCUGCUCCUGCCGGUGGCCUGGCGACAAUCAAAGUCAAUGCACAAUCCCGUCUAGCCUUACGUUGGCAGCGAAGCAAGGCCAGAUUUGGAUCGUUUCAUGAGCUGAACUGCAGCGGUAACUCUAGCGAAGAAUAUGAGCUCACUGAUGACGACGGCAACGAGGGCGAUGAUGGUGGAACGGAUUAUUCCGGUGAGCGGAUACAGCUGAUCGAUUAUCGUGCCGAAAGCUACAGAUGCCGUGAUGUGGAGAACGUCGAGCAUGACUUCAUCGAUCUGGAACGUUGCACGUUCGAUCGUGCCGCACUGGGGGGCUUGCUGUUCAGCGAUAUCAACAACACAGCCGCCACCGUGGUCAAGUUUGUGCUGCUCUUCUUUGGCUUCGCGUUGGUCGCCUUCAUUAUCUAUAUUUCCAAAUGGGAGUAUGUCAAGUACUUUUGCAUCAUCGUUCGGAAUGCAACCAUUCUCAGUCUAAUGCGCCACAAGCGCGAACAUCUGAUCAAGAAGGACACCGCGAGCCGCAGACUGUCGACCAUUUCGGUGGCCGGUGGUGAUUUGUUUGUGUACGAUGUCUUCGUCAGCUACUCCGAGAACGACCGAUCCUGGGUACUGAACGAGCUGCUUCCUAAUCUGGAACGUUCAGAAGACAUUUCCGUUUGUUUGCACGAGCGCGACUUCAAGGUCGGUGUAAGCAUCCUGGAGAACAUCAUUCACUGUAUGGAUCGAUCGCGCACGCUGCUACUAGUCAUGUCGGAGAGCUUUUUGCUUAGCCACUGGUGCCAGUUUGAGAUGCAUCUUGCACAGCAUCGUUUGCUGGAAACCCGCCGCGAGCAUCUCAUACUGGUGCUUCUGGAAGAGAUACCAAAAAUUAAGCGACCUAAAACGCUGCACUACCUCAUGAAGACAAAAACAUACAUCCGUUGGCCAACUGAAAAAACUACCAGGGAGAGCUGGGGGGCUGAGUCCAGGCCGGCCGAUCAGCGGAAAAGGUACAGCUGGCGAUCGAUACCGUGGCUUGGUCGGCUGGGUGCGCGCAGGAUCAAUAGCGACACGACUGGCACCGCCAUCAGUUUCAGCGCCAGUAGCAGCAGCGGUAGCACUUCAGCACUUAACCUCGAGCGGAAGCUGUUUUGGAUGCGGCUCAAAAAAUCCAUCCACGACGGUAUCAACUGGGAACCGGAAGACGAAAGGGGAAGCUCCUCGCAGGCUUAAACUUCGCCCGAUCAUCUCGCUUGAGCACCUGUAACGAUCUCUCGAUCAAACAAACUUCCUCUGUAGUUAUCGUGUGCGCUUUUCCCUCCCGAUGUGACCGCAGUACCGAAAGGCAUUAGGCUACAGAGAGAAACCAUAGAAAUAAAUGAAGCACAUUCAAAACUUA